CAAUCAAUCUUCUAUGCAUUAACUCUACUUCUUUUCACCAUGUUUCCAAACUCUAGCUACAACUUAUUAUUCUUAUUAUUAUUGUUGUUGUUUAAUUGUAAAAUUAACAGGAUUAGCAAUUAUUAUUAGUAUUAUUCAUGAUUUAUGGUUUAAUUAUUUUACCUCAACGACGUUAAAUCAUGUUGUAUUUGAUUCACUAUUUACUGUCGAGAUUGGUAGAAUUACAGUGACAGUUAAUGUCAUUUUAGCACAAGCUAAACUUAUUUGGAGUUUUAACAAAUUUACGCAUGAUUUUGUGAACUCACUUUUCAUCCUAAUAUUAUACAAUUAGUAAUAUGUAUUGGCUUUUUGCGUAUAUGGAAAUCUUGUAUUCAAACUUGUUUUAUACAAAUUUGCUAGAUUGUUUAAUGUUUUGUGUGAUUUUACUUAUUAAAUGAGAUUUAUAAUGAAAAACUGGAUUAUUUUUUCAAUUUUUCUUCUAUGCCUUUGUGUUCACGGUAUUUAGAGUCUGGUUGGAUUGACCUAUUUGAGUUUAUCUAUUGAUAUAAGUUUUGUGAGACUAUUUUAGGAACUUAUGAAAACAACUUAUUUUAUGACCUUGUUCUUACGUUGUUUUUAACCUAUUUUCAUACGUUCUCCAAGAUCGCUUAUGAAAACAACGUAUAGCUUAUACGAAAACAAUUAACCUUAUUUUAUCUUUCGGUGUAGAAAUAGCUUAUACAUAAGUGUGUAAAUAGCUUAUACAUAAGCGUGUACCUUAUUUUUAUCCAAACAGAGCCUUAAUUUAUGAUUGUUGUAUGCAAUUAUCAGAUAUGUUUGUUGAUAAUUGAAUAUUAUGAUGCCAUGCUCACUAGAACUAGAUCUGUAAGGGCAACGAAAUCAGGAGCAUUAGAGUGUGCUUGUUUAUUUAGAGCUUUGGAAUCUGGAUGUUUUUUAAUGCUUGUUUACCGAUUUGAAAUCUCAAUUUAAUCUUAUGGCCUUUUCGUUUGUUCUUCAGGAGGAAGUAGGAUUACAGUUUCUCGUUGCUGGAAAUUAAGGUAUCAUGGGCUCAGCUUGUUGUGUCCCGGCAAAGAAUCAUAAUGUUACUAAAAGUACUGGAGGUGAGAGUUUGGAUAGAGAUGUAACACGAUCACCGUCAUGGAGCUUUCGACGGGAUAGUCGUGGGCGUUCGAUGAAGUUCUCUGUCGACGAGGCAUUGGCUGAGAAUAUAAUGACACCUUCUUCCGAUCUGUCAAUGUCAAGCUAUUUUUCAACAGUGGUGAAGGAUCCAGGAGAGUCUUCAAUACCAAAUCAUUCAUUUUCAUUACCUUCAAUUUUCCCAACACCUACAGCAGGUCCAUCAUCUAGUCGUGAUCAUCGUCAUCAUCACUCCAACUCUACCCCAACAAGAUGGGCGCAUCGUUCUUUGGGACAGCUUUCCGAUAAUCAGAUGAUCACGUAUCUAAAAUCACCAGACAGCUCAACUUUUGAAGGAAGGGCAUCAUUUGUACUCUCCACUUACAGCAAUGAAGUUGAAGCUGGAUCCCAAUGUGGAUCGUCCGAUCGCUGGUCAGUGCACACCUUUUCUGAGCUGGUGUCCUCCUCACAAAGAGGAAGGUGGUCUUUUGACAGUGAGUGUUUUGGCUCGGGUCGUCGCAAGAUAAGUGCAUCCAGUAGCAGGUUGUCAAAUUCAUCUUCCAUGGAUCUACAAUCUUGUGGGAUUUGCAUGAGGCCUUUGUGUGACAAAUCAGCAGGGAUCAACCAAAAGUUUAUUGCCAACAUUGAUCUCUCAUCUGUUGCUAUACUAGCAUGCAAGCAUGUAUUUCAUGCAGAGUGCUUAGAGCCUAUGACUGAUGAUGCAGAUAAGUAUGAUCCACCGUGUCCAAUUUGUAUGGUUGACGAUAAGCAUUCUUCGAAGGGUUCCAAAAAAGGUUUUUGGGCUGAAGCAGAGACAAAGGCCAAGAACCUGAAGAUAUCCAGAAAGCGUGUUGUUGAUAGCUAUCUUGAUGGUGGUUCUGAUGUUUUUGAUCGCCAAGAAGAUAUUGAAUUGCGAGGAAAGGUUUCAAAGAGUGAGGCUAGCUCCAGUACGAGGAGCUCUGUUGGAAAGCCCUUUUCACUUGUGUCAAAGUGGAAGCGAUCUCUGUCGGAGGAUGAUUCUCCCAGGAACAAAGGCAUUUGGCCAAGAUAUAGAAAAAGUUGAGUUCCAUAUCUGCUGUAAGAAUUAGCCUCUUUCUAAUCAAAGAAGUAAUAUAACCCCGUCAAUUUAGAGUAUUUACUAUUUUCUUUUUCUUUUGGGGGUUUCUGAAUUUACUAGAUGUGGUCUAACUUUAGUGACAAUUUGAAAUCGUUUUAAAUUUAUGGGAAAAUUACCCACUUCCCCUUGGAGCAAUUGAAAUGUCUCUUGCAAUGA